GGUUUUGGACAAAAAAACAGAAGUUGCGUCUUAAAAGCCUAAACCCUACAAACAGCUGCCCCUCCCCAACCAUCAGUGACUCAGUGUGGAACCCUUCUGCACUAACUGCAACUAUUACUUCCCAAAUCUGAAUCUUUCUUACAUUUUUUAGGUAUUCAAUGGAUGUGGAGAUACUUUCCACCACCAAUGUGGGUUUGCAGAGAAUGAUUUGUUCAGUGGUGCUUGAAACUGCUUUGGCUGCUCAAAAAUCUCUUCUUUCUCUUCUCUUCAUGAGUGAAUUUCUAUGCUUGUACCCUGACCUUGUUGGAGUAGAGAAGAGGUUUCCUUUUGGUGAGCUUAAAAGAGCUACCGUGCCAGAUAAUGAACCCAAAGAUUCAAGUGAUACUGAGGAUGAUGAUGAUGAUGAAGAUGGCGAGGGCACCGAUAAUGACGAAGACGAUGAUGAAGAAGGAGGAAGUGAUGAUGAUGAUGAAGAGGAUUCUGAUGGAGAUGAUGCUGGGGCAAAUGGAAAUGGAGGGCAUGAUGAUGAUUCCGAUGACGAAGAUGACGAUGAAAAUGAUGAUUCCGAUGAUGAAGAGGAUGAUGAUGAUGAGGAUGAUGACGAGGAAGAAGAUAAUCAGCCACCAUAUAAGAAGAUAAAAUGAGAAGAUCAUACUACACUUUCCCAAUUCCUUAGUUGAUAGAAAUGAUUUGUUUUACAAAUUCUAUGGUGAAGUUAACCUUUUCUUGUCUGUUCCUACACUAAUCAAUUAAAAAGUUCUAGCUCUUGGAA